GGACUCACCUCACCCCACCUCCUCAGGGGCGCCCCUUGAGUGGGCCUCCUGUGAGCUCAUCGCACAGGCGAGGAGGAAAUUUAAAGAUCUGCCCCCGCCGCAAGCUGGACGCUUUCCCGGGGCGUUUUCCUCGCGGGCGCGGGGGCCCCCGUCUUCCUGCGCGGAAAGAUGUCCUUCUUUGCCCAACUACCACUGAUGAAGAUAUUUUGGAGUAACUGCUGAAACCGAAUUUUAUUGACUAGAAGACGGUCCAUUUGUUUCACUUCUUUGGUUUUCCCUACUGCUUUGAGCUUUAUUAUUGUAAUGGCUGAAAAACGUGGAAAAUAAAAACAUGCUGUAGUCGUGAACUUUUUUUUUUUUUUUGAGGAAAAAUUAAAGUGCCACACUGAAAGCCAGAAUGGCAUCCAGAGAGAGGCUCUUUGAACUUUGGAUGCUAUAUUGUACAAAGAAAGAUCCAGAUUACCUGAAGCUAUGGUUGGACAAUUUUGUUUCUAGCUAUGAACAAUUCUUAGAUGUUGACUUUGAAAAACUGCCUACCAGGGUAGAUGAUGUACCUCCAGGAAUAUCUUUGCUUCCUGAUAAUAUUCUGCAGGUUCUUAGGAUCCAGCUGCUGCAGUGUGUUCAGAAAAUGGCAGAUGGGUUAGAGGAACAACAACAAGCCUUGUCAGUUUUACUUGUCAAGUUCUUCAUUAUUCUUUGCAGAAAUCUGUCUAAUGUGGAAGAAAUUGGGACUUGCUCAUACAUUAAUCAUGUCAUCACUAUGACUACACUCUAUAUACAACAAUUAAAAAGCAAAAAAAAAGAGAAGGAAUUGGCAGAUCAGACAUCUAUUGAAGAAUUUGUGAUCCAUGCAUUGGCAUUUUGUGAAAGUUUGUAUGAUCCUUAUCGGAAUUGGAGGCAUAGAAUUUCAGGACGAAUCCUUAGUACUGUGGAAAGAAGUAGACAGAAAUAUAAACCAGCUUCUCUCACAGUGGAAUUUGUCCCUUUCUUCUAUCAAUGUUUUCAGGAAAGUGAACAUCUCAAGGAAAGUCUUAAGUGUUGCUUAUUGCAUCUCUUUGGAGCCAUUGUAGCUGGUGGACAGAGGAAUGCUUUGCAAGCUAUUUCUCCAGCCACCAUGGAAGUUCUUAUGAGAGUUUUGGCAGAUUGUGACUCCUGGGAGGAUGGAAAUCCUAAAGAAGUGGGAAGGAAGGUAGAACUUACUCUGAAGUGCCUUACAGAAGUAGUACAUAUCCUUCUCACUAGUAGCUCUGACCAGCGUCAAGUGGAAACCAGCACUAUUCUGGAAAACUAUUUUAAAUUGCUGAAUUCAGAUCAUUCAGCUUUACCUAAUCAAAGGAGGUCCAGACAGUGGGAAAACCGAUUCAUAUCCCUGCAGAUCAAAAUGCUGAAUACCAUCACAGCUAUGCUAGAUUGUACAGAUAGGCCUGUUCUUCAGGCCAUUUUUCUUAAUAGUAAUUGUUUUGAACAUCUCAUACGACUGCUACAAAACUGCAAGCUAUUUUUAAAUGCUAACAAUAAGGUGGCAGACAAGAACGAGAAAGACCUUGCCAACAAAUUACUGACAGAAAUGAAUGAGGACCAGGUGUUUCAGGGACAGUUGGAUUGUUUGGCUGUAUCGACUAUUCAGGCUUUGACAGCAGUGAUGAACAAAUCUCCAGCUGCAAAGGAAGUAUUUAAAGAAAGAAUUGGUUAUACACAUCUGUUUGAAGUAUUAAAAUCCCUGGGUCAGCCACCAUUGGAACUACUUAAAGAACUUAUGAAUAUGGCUGUAGAGGGUGAUCACACCUCCGUUGGAAUUUUGGGCAUUAGUAAUGUCCAGCCUCUCUUGCUUCUUAUCCAGUGGCUUCCAGAGUUAGAGUCCCAUGACCUGCAAAUCUUCAUUUCUGAUUGGCUGAAAAGAAUUUGCUGUAUCAAUAGGCAGAGCCGAAAUACUUGUGUCAAUGCUAACAUGGGAAUUCAAAUCAUUGAAACACUUGAUUCCCAUUCUUCCCUCCAUCGAACUUGUGCUGAGAACUUGAUUGCACUCCAUGGUUCCUUGGGGAGUCAGUCAGUGAGCUCAGAAGAAAUCCGUCGACUAUUAAGAUUACUGAGAGUGGAUGAAUCUGAGUAUAUUCACCCUUACACCAUUCCUGUGACUCGAGCAAUCCUGACAAUGGCCCGAAAACAAAGUCUAGAGAAUGCACUGCAGUAUUUUAAUUUGUCACACAGUAUGGCAGGAAUUUCUGUGCCUUGCAUACAGAAAUGGCCAGGGUCUGCCUUUUCUUUCAAUGCUUGGAUUUGCUUAGAUCAGGAUCAGCUGAUGCUUGGCAAUGCUAACAAAGGAGGAAAAAGAAAACAGUUGUACAGCUUUUUUACAGGAAGUGGCAUGGGUUUUGAAGCUUUUAUUACCCAUUCAGGUAUGUUGGUUGUGGCAGUAUGUACAAAAAGAGAAUAUGCAACAGUUAUGCUUCCUGACCACAGUUUCUGUGAUUCCCUUUGGCACAACAUAACCAUUGUUCACAUGCCUGGAAAAAGGCCCUUUGGUCAAAGUCUUAUCUACAUCUAUGACAAUGGACAGCAGAAGGUGUCUGCCCCUCUAAAAUUUCCUGCCAUGAAUGAACCUUUUAUUUCCUGCUGCAUUGGUUCAGCUGGGCAAAGAACUACCACUCCUCCACCAUCCCAAAUCCCAGAUCCUCCUUUUUCUUCUCCUAUUACGCCACAUCGGACAUCAUUUGGUGGAAUUCUAUCAUCAGCCUCCUGGGGAGGAACAACUGAAAAAUCAAAAUUGGUUUCUAAGUUGAUAUCGGCUGGAACCCAAGACAGUGAAUGGGGUUGUCCCACAUCUCUGGAGGGUCAGCUAGGGUCUGUUAUCAUUUUCUAUGAAGCACUACAGCCUCCUCAGGUGAAAGCAUUAUAUUUGGCAGGUCCAAACUGUUUAAGCCCUUGGAAAUUUCAAGAGUCAGAUAUGAUUGAUCUACCGGGCAAUGUCCUCCUUCACUACACUGCAAAGGCCUGCAAAAAUUCAAUCUGUCUUGACUUGUCUGCUAAUUGUUUGCAUGGACGGUUAACAGGAAACAAGGUAGUGAACUGGGACAUUAAGGACAUCAUAAGCUGCAUAGGUGGAUUAAAUGUACUCUUUCCUCUUUUGGAACAAUUAAGCCACUUCAGUGAAGGACACAUUCCUGAGGGAGUGAAUGAAAGCACAGUUUCUGAACUGAUAACACCUGUAGAAGGAGACUGGGUGAUGCUGACCUCCACAAAGGCAUCAGAGUCAAGACUAGAGAGAAAUUUAAUUGCAACAUUUAUUCUGAUUGUUAAACACCUCAUUCAAAGACAUCCUAUUAACCAGGACAAUCUUAGUCAUGCCCAUGGAGUUGCCGUUCUUGGUGCGUUACUUCAGAAGGUGCCAGCUACCUUGAUGGAUGUUAAUGUAUUGAUGGCAGUCCAAUUAUUAAUUGAACAGGUGUCAUUGGAGAAAAAUGCGCAGCUCCUGCAACAAAUGUAUCAGUAUUUACUUUUUGACUUUCGUAUUUGGAACCAUGGAGAUUUUCCCUUUCGAAUUGGUCAUAUACAGUAUCUUUCCACCAUCAUUAAAGAUAGCAGGAGAGUUUUCCGAAAGAAGUAUGGUGUACAAUUUCUUCUAGAUACGCUUAGGAUUUACUAUGGGAGUGAUUGUAAAUAUAGUGAGCUGUUUCUAGAUGAUAUUCGAACAAUAAGGACGUCUUUGUAUGGACUAAUUAAAUAUUUUCUGUGCAAAGGUGGGACUCAUGAAGAGAUACAAAGUAUUAUGGGUUACAUAGCUGCUAUCAAUGAAGAAGAACAGCUCUUUGGAAUUUUGGAUGUACUCUUCAACCUUCUACGUACCAGCCCAACCAGAGGUCAGCUUUUCUUACUGCUGUUUGAACCAGGAAAUGCUGACAUACUUUAUUCCUUGCUCUUAAAUCAGAAGUACUCUGACAAACUAAGAGAAAUCAUUUUUAAGGUUUUGGAACAAAUGUUGAAGUGCACUAAUGUUUAUGAACGAAGUAAACAACGUAUUCGACUCAGAGAAGUUGGCUACUCAGGAUUGGGACUCCUUCUUAAUGAAACACCUGUCAAUACGUCUCUCAUGAAAAACCUCACCAAUCAAAUCAUAAGUACAGAACCUGUUAUUAAUUUCAAAGAUUUGUUAUCUGUGGUGUAUAUAUCUCACCGAGCAUAUAUAAAUGUUAGAGUGGUCAUCUGCAGAAAGGUUUUACAGAUUUUAAAGUCCCAACCAGAUGCAGCACACCAAAUAUCUCAACAAGUUGGCUGGCAAGACACUUUAGUUAGACUUUUUAUAAAAGCAAAUUUUGAAAGUGGAGAUACUCUUCAUAAGCAUAGUAGGACUAUUUUAAUGAAAGACAAUGAUAAAAAUGUAUCAACUGAAGAUAUCAAGAGUAACUUUGAUGAAAAGACAGAUGAAGAAAAAAUGAACUCUUUUGCCUCAGCUCAUUUAUCUUCAGAUCAAUGGAGUUUGGAGGAUAGACAUUCUCUUGACUCAAACGUACCAUUAUUUCAAGAAGAUAGCUCUGUGGGAGAAUUAUCUUUCAAAUCAGAGAAUCAAGAAGAAUUCUGGCAUAAUAACCAUUCACAUUUAAGUUUAGAUCUCAGUGGAAUUGACUCAUGUGAACUGAGUGACAGUGGAAAUCAAAUGCCAGAUAGCCUGCCUAGCACUCCAUCCCCAAUAGAAUCUAUUAAAUCAUUUUCUGUGCAGUCUGACAAAGAAAACAGCAUCACAAAUGAUACAGACUUGAGUGAUGACUUCUCUUUGCUUGAAAGCCAAGAGAAAUAUGAAGAGGAGCUUAUUCAAUUAUUGACAAGUAUUUUGCAUUGUGUAAUGUGUAAAGGACUAGAAAAGUCUGAUGAUGAUACUUGGAUUGAACGGGGACAAGUGUUUUCGGCACUAACUAAACCAGGAGUCUCCAGUGAGUUACUUCGACCAGCAGAUGAAAUAAAACUAAUUUUGUUACAGAAGAUGUUAGAAUGGGCAGUCACAGAAAACAGAGAAGCAAAAACUAAUCCAGUGACUGCUGAAAAUGCCUUCCGACUUAUGCUGAUCAUACAGGACUUUCUGCAGUCAGAAGGACUUGUUAAUUCAAACAUGUGGACUGAGAAGCUUUUCGAGGAUAUGAUGCUGCUCUUUGAUGGUCUGUCCAUUUGGUAUUCUGAAAGUCCAGAAUGGGUAAAACUCUCUCAGAUUCAAGUCCAGUUGCUUCUUGGAUUCAUUGGAAGGGGUAAUUUGCAGGUUUGCGCAAUGGCAUCAGCUAAGCUAAAUACCCUUCUUCAGACCAAAGUGAUUGAAAAUCAGGAGGAAGCCUGUUACAUUUUAGGGAAGUUGGAGCAUGUCCUCAGUCAGUCAAUCAAGGAACAGACUGAAAUCUACUCAUUUCUGAUUCCCCUUAUCCGUACCCUGGUUUCCAAAAUUUAUGAGCUGCUCUUCAUGAACUUGCAUCUGCCAUCUUUACCUAUUUCUAAUGGAAGUGCCUCAUUUUUUGAAGAUUUUCAGGAAUACUGCAAUUCAAAUGAAUGGCAGGUUUACAUUGAAAAAUAUAUUGUACCUUAUAUGAAGCAGUAUGAAACACAUACAUUUUGUGAUGGUCAUGAGAACAUGGCACUUUAUUGGAAGGAUUGUUAUGAAGCCUUAAUGGUGAAUAUGCAUAAACGAGAUCGGGAAGGAGGAGAAAGCAAACUCAAGUUUCAGGAAUUUUUUGUGGUGCCAUUUAAUCGAAAAGCACGUCAAGAGAACUUGAGGUACAACAAUAUGCUUAAACAACUUAGCAGUCAACACUUGGUGACUCUGAGACACUGGAAAGCAAUAAAGCUCUAUCUUACAUGUGAGAGGGGACCUUGGGCUGAAAGGAAACAACAUGCAAUUCACUGGAAACUAGCUAGUGUGGAAAAUUAUUCCCGCAUGAGACUUAAAUUGGUACCGAAUUAUAACUUCAAAUCCCACAAUGAAGCUAGCGCUUUGAGAGAUAAUCUAGGUGUUCAACACUCACAGCCUUCCAGUGAUUCUUUGCUUUUGGAAGUAGUGAAACAAGUAAAAGUUAGUGAUAUGGAGGAAGAUAAAUUAGACCUUCCUGAAGAGGAAAUAACCAAAGCAAAUAAUGAUGAGAAAGAAGAACAAGAUCAAAAAGAAAAAUUAGUGUUGUCAGAAGACUGUGAACUCAUUACAAUAAUUGAUAUAAUUCCUGGCAGACUGGAAAUCACUACUCAGCACAUUUACUUUCAUGAUGGCAGCAUUGAAAAAGAAGAUGGAGCAGGCUUUGAUUUCAAGUGGCCUCAUUCUCAGGUUCGAGAGAUUCACUUGCGGCGUUACAACUUAAGGAGAUCAGCCCUUGAAAUUUUUCAUGUUGACCAAUCCAACUACUUUCUUAAUUUCAAAAAAGAGGUCAGAAACAAAGUAUAUAGUAGACUCUUGUCCCUUCAUUCUCCAAAUAGUUAUGGAACUAGGUCACCACAGGAGUUAUUCAAAGCGUCAGGCCUGACACAGAAAUGGGUAAACAGAGAGAUAUCAAAUUUUGACUACCUCAUUCAAUUAAAUACAAUGGCAGGACGAACCUAUAAUGACCUUGCGCAGUAUCCUGUGUUUCCCUGGAUUUUACAAGAUUAUACUUCAGAAGAGUUGGACCUUAAUGACCCAGCAGUAUUUCGAGAUCUUUCCAAACCAAUUGGAGUUGUUAAUGAUAAAAAUGCCAAAGCGAUGAGGGAAAAAUAUGAAAAUUUUGAGGAUCCUAUGGGAACUAUUGAUAAAUUUCAUUAUGGUACUCACUAUUCAAAUUCUGCUGGAGUCAUGCACUACCUUAUUCGUACAGAACCAUUCACCACUCUCCACGUCCAGCUUCAGAGUGGAAGGUUUGACUGUGCAGAUCGACAGUUCCAUUCCAUCCCUGCUACCUGGCAGACUUUAAUGGACAAUCCAUAUGAUGUGAAGGAACUUAUCCCUGAAUUCUUCUAUUUCCCAGAAUUUUUGGAAAAUCAGAAUAACUUUAACCUUGGUCGUCUGCAAGUUUCCAAAGAACAAGUAAAUGAUGUCAUACUCCCCAAAUGGGCUAAGUCAGCUGAAGAUUUCAUCUAUAAACAUAGGAAAGCUCUGGAGUCUGAAUAUGUUUCUGCUCAUCUUCAUGAAUGGAUAGAUCUGAUUUUUGGCUAUAAACAGAGAGGGCCAGCUGCAGUGGAGGCACUUAAUGUUUUCUAUUACUGUAGUUAUGAAGGAGCUGUGGAUCUGGAUGCCUUAACAGAUGAGAAGGAAAGAAAAGCCUUAGAAGGGAUGAUUAAUAAUUUUGGGCAAACACCUUGUCAGCUGUUAAAGGAUCCACACCCUCCUAGAUUAUCAGCAGAGGAAGCAUCGCAGAAGCAGACCAAAACAGACACUUCAACUGUAAACCUAUUUCAACACCUCUCUGAACUCAAGUCAUUUUUUAUAGAGGGAAUUAGUGAUGGCAUUCCGAUAAUAAAGGCCAUUGUCCCCAAAAAUCAGUCUCGUUCUUUUAUGUCUCAAGGCAGUCCUGAGUUACUGGUAACAGUAAGCAUGAAUUAUGUUAUUGGGACACAUGGAUGGCUGCCUUAUGACAGAAACAUUUCUAAUUACUUUACAUUCUUCAAAGAUCAAUCUGUGACAAAUCCAAAAACUCAGCGUAGUAUGAAUGGUCCUUUUGCUCCAGGACUGGAGAUUACUUCUAAGCUAUUUAUAGUAUCACAUGAUGCAAAGUUGCUUUUCAGUGCUGGACACUGGGAUAAUAGCAUUCAAGUGAUGUCACUUACAAAAGGCAAAGUUAUUUCACACAAUAUCAGACAUAUGGAUAUUGUGACUUGUUUAGCUACAGAUUACUGUGGCAUACAUUUGAUUUCUGGAUCAAGAGAUACUACAUGUAUGAUAUGGCAAAUAACACAACAGGGAGGUGUUCCUGUGGGCUUAGCAUCUAAACCCUUUCAGAUCCUAUAUGGACACACUGAUGAGGUCUUGAGCGUCUGCAUCAGCACUGAGCUAGACAUGGCAGUGUCAGGAUCAAGGGAUGGCACGGUUAUUAUACAUACCAUUCAGAAGGGUCAGUACAUGAGGACUUUACGACCACCUUGUGAAAGUUCUCUACUCCUGACCAUUCCCAAUUUGGCCAUAUCUUGGGAUGGACAUAUAGUCAUUUACUCCAGCAUUGAAGAAAAAACAACCCUCAAGGAUAAGAAUGCAUUGCAUCUGUAUUCUGUAAAUGGCAAGUAUCUAGGGUCUCAAACCCUGAUGGAACAAGUAUCAGAUAUAUGUGUAAUUGGAGAACACAUUGUUUUGGGCAGCUUACAAGGAUUCCUGUCCAUAAGAGAUCUUCACAGCUUGAAUCUCAGCAUCAACCCAUUAUCCAUGAGAGUGCCUAUCCACUGUAUAUGUGUAACCAAGGAAUACAGCCAUAUUCUUGUAGGAUUAGAAGAUGGCAAAUUGAUUGUAGUGGGUGUCGGGAAACCAGCAGAGGUGCGAACAGGUCAGCUUUCUCGAAAAUUCUGGGGAACUAACAAGCGACUAAGCCAGAUAUCAGCUGGAGAAACUGAAUAUAAUACCCAAGAUUCCAUGUGAUUGUUCCCCUCUCUGUCAUGGAUGACUGAAAUUUUAUUUAUUGCUUUAUCACUUUAACCACAUCUCUCAACUUUCUGAGAUGUUUUAGGGCUUUUAUCCCUGAAAGUCAUUUAGCGAUUACCAAAAUUUGUAUGGUUUAUGUAUAAGGAGGUAGCUUAUAUUAUUAUCCACCUAAAACAAUUCUGGUUAACAUUGAAUUAAAUUUCACCUUAUUAACUAAUUUUCAGUUUUUACUACAGUGAAUUUGAUGAAAGUAUUGAUUAGCUUUAGUGGUCUAUUCCUACAGAUUGGGUCCAUAUUUAAAAGAAAACUUCUAAAAAGAAAGAAAUUAGAUUUAAUUGCUAAUUAUUAUAAAUAGCAAAAUUUAAAGUAUUUCUAUGAAAGAGUACAGAUAAUCGGACAGUUGAGAGACAUGGCUUUUUAAUACAUUCUUUAAUCAUUUUUCUAUUUAUUGAACGUCAUAUUAAAAAUACGUCAAUUCACUUGUGGAAAUCCUGAUCGGAGGUAAUAGUUUAAAGGUAUCUAUUGUAUACUUGGAUUUUCAAACUCAGUAUAAAUCCCAGCUUUUCAUGAUGUUAAAAUGAUGUUAAACUGGUACAUUGGUUCAUUCCGCUACUACUUAACACAUUACUAAUGAGAACUUACUGAUAUGUAUAUAUUAUCCUUAGUAAAGGUUGAUAACAAUAAGAGACACUAGAUGUACAUUUUCAGAUGUUUUCCACUAAACAGUAUAAGUUAAAAUGAUGAUUAUGAUGAUUAUUAGUUAAAAUUAUGAUUUUGAGAAUAGUGUCCUUUUAGUAGCAUUGUCUGCAAAGUUUGAAGUUUCUCACCUUGUUUUUAACUAAGCAAAUAUUAUGUUUCCCCCCAAUAAUUUUAUGUUAGCAAUAAUAGCCAAGUAUAUUAAAGUUAUACCAGGGACUUCCAUGUGAUUGAUGAAUGAAUUGAAAAAGUAUGCAUAACUUAAGCUAGUCAUUAAUAUAUUAGCUAGUCAUUAAUAUAAAAUAUUUUUAUUUCAUGAUAUAUAUAGCUUUUAGUUUGUAAUUAUUGUAUAUAGCAUUGUGUUACAUUAUGCUUUAUUAUUCAAGAUAUUAAAAUUAAAAUGCUGAUUUAUUUGGGAUUCAAAGAGAUCUUUUGCUAUAGUGCUUCUCAUAAGAUCAUCUUUUGAGUUAGGUCAUGGAGCUUUUAAUAACUAGGUGUCCAAAGUUGGAGAUUUCAUGGGUAUAAAGAAGUUCAAGAAUCCCCUGACAUUGUGUGGAAAUUCUGUAUGUUAACUGCAUUUUUUUCAGGACUUGAAUGGUUAUAUUGUCUUCUUUAAAAGAUCUAUGACCAGGGGAGGGAUGAAAAACUUUUUAUCAUAACAUCUUCUUUUCACAUUAUUCUCUUUUAUUCCAUAACUCAUAGCUAUCUUUACAUCUCAGUUGAGUCUUUGAGAAUUUUAUCUUUGUAGUUCUUUCUCAUUUCCCAGCUUUUCUUUAUAAUCCUGUGAGUAAAACAUCUAUUUCAGUUGAUGAAUAUAGUAUCUCAACUUGAAUAUUAUAAAAUCUUUUGUCUUUGCUGAACUUUUCAUCUGCUUUUGCUUCUUGACACUUGUGAUGAUAGAAAUAAAAACUUCAACAUUCCCAUAAUGGGAGAUAUUUAUACUAAGACAAUGAUUUUACUUUCGUACAGUGAAAUCAAGUAUUAAUAUAUAAUAUAUAAAUUUGCAUAAUGUUAUUUGUCAAAUAUGUUUCAAUUAAAAAAACACAUUAUAGCUAUGCUCAGAGAAUAGGGAAGCUUUCUAAGAUUUUCUUCAACUCUUCACCAGUCAGUAAAUAAUGUCAUUACUAAAAAAACAGGUCUAGGCAUGAAAAUUAGGAAAGUAUAUAAAAAUAAAGGUGGGCCCUUGGUUUAAAGUCUUUCAAACCUGUGAAACUCAUGUCAUCUACGAGUAAAUUUCUACCAAUUUCCUUUGGGUCACAGUGCUUUAUUGAGGUCAAAUAAUCUUUUUGUAAGAGAGAAAAUGCCAAAUAUUCAUUUGGCAUUAGCAAGGAACAUCAAAACAGCGGUGAACCUUCCUGUUUUCUUUAUGUAAGUCAUAUAAAAAUUAUUCUUAAUGAACUAGUUUUAGAAAUUAGUUUUCUGCUUUUGAAAAAGGGAAUGGGUGUGUCUUCAUAAUUAAUUAAAAUUUGGAUUUGAAGAUUGAAUCUUAACCUAAGACAUUUUAAAUUUUGGUUAAGCGGGAGUAGGCAGAAAAAAAUUGUUAACACCAGAUUUUAUUUAAUGAUUAUAGCCUCAUGACCUUUAACCUUUAUAUGUAUUUUAUAUUGUUACUGAAGGAAUCACUAAUGGAAAUCUUUUAAUUGAAUUUAAGAGUUUAGCUCCUGUUUAUAUAUAUGUAAAUAAUGAGUAGCAUUAUCUUUAUCACCUUUUCAAUGAAAAGAUGUAAGUGCAUAAACUUUAUUAAAUAUAAAUAUCACAUAAAUAUUAAAUAAUAUCAUAUAUGUAUGAUAUGGAUAUGUCUGUGUGAAGUUUGGUCUCUUCAAAUAGACCAUUAAACUUGUCUUCUAUAAAUAAGUUCUCAAGCCUUUCGUUAGGAUAUAGUUACUGAUUUACGAAAUGAAAGAUUCUUUUUCAUUUUAUCUCUAAUCUGUUGUUUUCCUUUAUCAGUCAUACUUACAGCCUGUACUAGUUCCUUUUCCUCCGUCAAUUGAAACUGUAAGUGACCAAUCUUAAACAUUUUUACCCCCUCAACAAAUACCCAUUCUCAAUAUUAUUUUUGCCUAAUUUUUAUACAUACUGGGCAUUCAAUUUGAUUUAAAUGUGAUCCCAUCUAGAACAUUGUUGUGGGGAAUUUUCCUAUGUUAGAGUCCUGGUGGUACUUUUUCCUAUGGUAGAGUCCUGGUGUUGUUCUAUAGCCAACAACAAUAUAAUGUUAUAUCCAUCAUCAUUUCAAUAUUCUUAAAAUGUUUACCAUAACCUACUUUAAUUUGAACCUAGCAAUUUCUAGGCCAUUGGUUCUUAAUUGAGAUUAUAGAUCUGAUGUGUUCAUGAAGUUUUGUCCAGGCACUAUUCUGGACUUUCUGAAUCUCAUUACUUGCUACUUAAUGUAAAAAAUAUUAUGUCUCAGGACUAUUAUGUUAAAUCUUAAAAUAUUUCCCUUUAUAGAAAUUAUAUCCAUCCACUUAUAUAAGUCAUAUUUAAUAUUCACAUAUUUAAAUAGAUAUGUUUAAUCAUUAUCUUUAAAGGCAUUUGUCGAAUAUUUGCUGAGACUGAUUUUAUUAUCUUUGUUAUGAACAUCCUAGAAAAAAUCCAAAUUCCUUUUCAGUCAAGUAAUUCUUUCUCUGGAGAUGUUUCAUGCUUGAAAACUAUAAUUACUAUUUUCCUCAAAAGGAGUAUAUCUAUUUGAUUUUAGUAGUUUCUGGUGACUAUCACUGAUUACUUUGUACAUUCUAAUUAGGUAACAUUUUUAAGUACUAAUAAAAAACAUGAAUAAUAAAAUGCUAGAUUUAAAGCAUCAAAUUAGGUCUCUUGUGGCCUUAAAGCAACUAAACAAUAGAGUUUUCCUAAUUAAAAAUUAGGGAUAAAUUUCCCAAGUACUUCUGAUAACUUUUGUAGGUGUAGCUUCUGUAUGAAAAUAAUCUUGCAUAUGAAAAUUUAUAGAAGAUAAAGCAUUAACAUUUAAGAUAUUUAGGCCCAUAUUGGAAAUGAUUCAACUUCUAUAUUCAAAAUAUAAGGUCAAACUAGAUUAUAGAAGUUACACGAUUUUCUUCAGUAUAAAAACCUUGUAUAAAAGCGCUAUAUAAUCAGAUAUUUUUUUGUAGACUAUAGAAAUUCAUGUAAGACACUUCUUCAGAUUAUCUCACUUGUCGCAAGUGGGUAAUUUCUAAACACAAUGCAGAAUGUUGAUCUGUGAAGCUAAUGACAUUAAUGAAAAGUAAAAGGACAGAUACAACUGUAUUAACUUUUGUUUAAAUGCCUAUAAUCUUAUGAACUGAAAUUUCAGAAAGAAAAAACAAGUUAAAAAGUCACCAUGUCAAUAUUUUUUUCCAUGAUAUAAUUUCAUUAUGUUUCCUUUGAAACUUACUUUGCAGACUUUACUACAAUAAUAAUGCAAUUUUGUUAUUGAAAGAAUCACCCAUUCAUAUUUUAAAGUUGACUGUUAGUAAAGUAUUAGGGGAAUAUGGGUGUGUGUGUGUGUGUGUGUUCACUUAUAUGAUUUCUGCCUCAUUAUUUAAGAUUCAUAACUACUUUUGAGCUAUACAAUAAGCUAUUUGUAAUACUAUUACAAUGUAGUAUUUUAAUUUGAGAAUAAGAAAACAAGUUAAUUUAUCUGGACUUAAAAAUAAAACUUAAAACUUUUCUUGAGUAAAAUAUAAGAUUUUUAUAAAGAAAACUUAUUCCUAUUAGACCUCAAUUUUUAUUUUGAUAAAUUUCAAUACUUAGGAUAUAUUAAAACUAGAGUUUCUCUGGUAGCCAGAGACUAAUCUAUUUUUGAUAUUUUUUUCUCUUAGAAACAUUUUCUUACACUAAACCAUGUAUUUUAAAUUUAUUUAAUUAUGUAGUUUCUAUACUUUCCCAAAAUGUUAUUUGAAAGUAGACCUUACUGUUAAAGAUACUAUAUUUUAAACCUUUUCCCCCAUUCUACUAUUUACCGGUCUCUAUGAUUCAUAAAUAACACCAAAAUUUUUUGUGGCUACUGUUUAUUUGAUAGUUUACAUAAAAAAGAAAAAUUUUUAGAAAACCUUAUCACUGGUCUGUUCUUCGAAACACCUAGCAAGUAUGAUUUUUCUUCUCCUAACUGUUUGCUUUUAUAGAAUUGGAGUGACAGCUUUAGUGAAAGAGUAAUCAGAGUUCUAGCCAGGUGGUCAUUUUCUGUCAGAUGCAUUGCUAUAGAAGUAGAUCCAUUAAUACCAUAAAAUAGCAAACCAAAUGAUCUGUCUCUUUUGUCAGUUUUUCUGGGACCCAGAUUAAAUAAUGUUAUCCCAGAGUGACAGUGACUUGAAUGUAUACACACGCACACGCACACAGUCAAUUUCAGAGGAGAUUAGCUGAAAAUUUGGAAUGACUUGUUAAAAAGAACAAUGUAAAUCAUGCUGCUAAUUCAAUGAGGAAUUUAAAAAGUUGUGCAGUUAUUAUAAAGUGUUCCUUCUUAUCCUACUGGAAUUGACCAUAACAAAAAUAAUAUUAAGCCUUAUUUAUAUCUAAUUAUUGACUGCAAACUGUGACUCAGAGAUUAUUUGUAUGCCAAAAAAGGUUUUAAAAUGGAAAAACUUUUUGACUUAAUAAAGAUAUGUAAAUAAUUUUUAUUAUUCUCAUAAUAAUGAAGUUACUGUUAAUUUGGUGCAAUACAUUUUCCUUAUCAUUUUAAAAUGAAAUAUGAUACAUGUUUUGUUACAUUGAGUGCUACUUUAACACUUUUUCAGUGUGUGUAUAUAUGAACUAAUGUUUGAUGUGUUUCUGUAUAGCAUGAUUGAAAAUAAUAAUUGAAAAUUUUGCACUUUUUUUAGUUCCUUGGAAAUUUGUAUUCUAACACUUUUUAAGAAUGUACAUUUAUUUUGUACAUAAUAAAUUAGCUUUGUAUAUCAGAAUGGGUUUGAAUCAAAUAAAAUAUGGUGUUACUUUCUUUAGUUGAUUUGUAGUCCUCAAUUCAUAGUUUGAUUAGAACUUAGCCUUGGCUAAGUUAUUUGAAUAGGUAAGAAAUUGAACCAAGUAUUUGUUAAGCAGCACAUUGAUUUGCUUCUUUCUCAUAUGGGCAGAAUUUCUGUAGUCCCUUGUGCACAAGAUAUAAGUUAUGUUGGUUAACCAGUUUUUGUCAGAUGUAAAAAUUGAUAUUAAGCAUUUUGUAUUAAAACCACCUCAAAAAUAUUGUUAAAUUUUCCCUAGUAAAUAAAUGAUCAUAAGCCAGAAACUUGUAGUUCAUCAAG